AUGGAGCGCGAGCUGGAGACGCUGGCUGGCCGGCCCGCAAACUCAGCCGAGUCGCCUUUCCAGGCGCUGGUGGAGGCGGCGGGGGGCCGCGGGCAGGUGCUGCUGGUGGGCGAGCUAUGGGAGCGCGAGCCGAGUCGUGCGCAGCUGCAGGACUUCGCGCGCGCCCUGUUCCCGCCCGAGCCGGUGCGGGCCAAGACGGGCGGCGCGGCGGAUGCGGGGCCAGGUGCCGGGUGCCGAGCGCCAGGGACGCCGAGCACGCCCAGGCCGCUUACUCGCGCCAUCAGCUCGCCGCUCGUCUUCGUGCUGUGCCGCGCCGCGUCGCUGGCUGCCCGGGGCCGGAGGCGCCGCCUUCGUGAGAUGCUGCGGGACGUGCGCGGUCGGCGGCCGGUUGGCGCGGCGCUGGUCGCGGUACUGGUGACUGAGGCCGGGCCCGAGGACGCGGUGGCGCCCGCGUUGCAGUUGCUAGAGGCGCUGCUGCACGUCGUGUUUGGCAGCCAGGCUGGGGGGCCGGUGCAGGCGGUCACCUACAACCCCGGCCGCCCAGCCUCCAGCCUGGCUGUCCAGGCGGCCGCCUGUAGGGCCUUGCAAGCUGCCGGGCCCUGGAGACCAGGUGAGGGAGCCUGGGAGAGACCCGGCCUUCCAGGACUGCUGGCCUGCUUUUCUUGGGGUCCCUGGAGCCGGAGGAAAAGCGGGACGGAAGCCUCCUCCAGCGACCCAGCCCAGGAUCUCUUCCAGGAUCCUGAGGAAGAGCUGGUGCUGACGUCUCUAGUUCCUAACGGAGACUGUGAGGAUGCCGGGAGAAAGGCCAGGUACUGUGAUGGAGCCCACACUGCCAUGGAGCCCUCGGGAGACUCGAGAUGA